AUGCUGCUUGACAUACUUGUGACACUGAUUGCGGGAACAGUCAUCUACUACUACUUCCUUUCCAAGAAGAAAGAAGAGACAUUACCCUUUAAAGAGGGAUGGUGGGGCAAGGGACAAAAGCCUGACGCUGAAGAUGCAACUAUUCGACCGUUUAAAGUGGAAACUACAGAGGAAGAGCUGAGCGACUUAUUUAGGAGACUUGACCAAGCUCGAUUCACUGAGCCACUGGAGAACAGUUGCUUCCAAUAUGGGAUUAAUUCAGUAUAUCUCAGGAAGGUUGUCUCUUACUGGAAAAAUCAGUUCAACUGGAAGAAACAAGUCGAGGUUCUCAAUAAAUACCCACACUUCAAAACUAAGAUUCAAGGUAUCGAUAUCCAUUUCAUUCACGUAAAGCCUCCUCGCCUGCCGGAAGGCCAGUCUGCAAAGCCAUUAUUAAUGGUUCAUGGUUGGCCAGGCUCAUUUUAUGAGUUUUACAAGAUUAUUCCACUUCUGACAGACCCCGCUAGCCACGGCCUCAGCGAUGAGCACGUUUUUGAAGUCAUUUGCCCAUCUAUCCCUGGCUACGGCUUCUCGGAAGCCCCUCACAAGAAAGACUUUAAUUCUGUAAGUGCUGCUUCUGUCUUCUAUGAACUGAUGCUCAGACUGGGAUUCAGUGAGUUCUACGCACAAGGUGGUGACUGGGGUGGGCUCAUCUGCACCAAUCUGGCCCAGAUUGCUCCCAACAAUCUGAAAGGCCUUCACUUAAAUUUAGCCUCUGUUACAAGACUAGGAUUCAGUCAUGUGCUCUCCGUUCUGCUGGGAUGUUAUCUUCCAGGGCUCUUUGGAUUCCAGGAUGAAGAUUUUAAGCGGAUGUAUCCCUUCUUGGAAAAAGGAGUCUACAGGAUCUUGAGGGAGUCUGGCUACGCUCACAUACAGGCUACAAAGCCUGAUACUGUUGGCUGUGGUUUGAAUGACUCUCCAGUAGGACUGGCUAGCUACAUCUUGGAGAAGUUUUCUACUUGGACUGAUCCUGAAUUCUGUAAUUUAGAGGAUGGAGGACUGGAGAAGAAGUUUACGAUGGAUGACCUGCUCACCAAUAUAAUGAUCUACUGGGUAUCAGGCUGCAUAGUUUCCUCAAUGCGUUUCUAUAAAGAAAUUUUGCAGAAGGGCAUAGGCACACAGAAACACGAAAAGCUCCCUGUACAUGUUCCUACUGGCAUUGCCUCCUUCCCCAAUGAGCUCAUGCACACACCCCAGGCCUGGGCCCGCAAGAAGUACCCCAACGUGGUCUCCUUCCACUACAUGCCUCGAGGGGGCCACUUUGCAGCGCUGGAGGAACCAGUGCUUCUGGCUGAAGAUGUUCUGCAAUUUGUUGGAAAAGUAGAGAAACAGCAACUUUGGAAAAAGAAAGGAGAGUAACUCCCCUGA